GGCUCCUGUUGAAAGCCAGCGAGUCAAGUUGCACCGACUAACCAUACCUGCCUUAUCUUACCUACACUUGAUCCUUCACAGUUGGAAAUCACGCUCAUUAUCUUAGGGCAACGAGGUACAAGAACAACCUAAGACAUUAGAAACGGGCCCUGAAAUGGUAGGGGUUUACCGGUAUCUGCCUCAGCACUCUUGACGGAGACGUUGAACUGGGGCUGGCUCAACUUGAUGUACCUUACUGGUUGAUUGUGCGGUUGACGUUGAAUAUGGAGGAAGACACGAGGGAUCACCCAUUUGCCUACGGCACAGCUGCCUCUACCCUGGCUGCCCGAAAUGGGAGCAGUCGUCGCCUCACAGACGAUGAAUUCGAUAGAUAUUCCCGCCAGAUGAUUGUUCCGGGCAUGGGAAAAGAAGGCCAACUUCGUCUGAUCAACUCCCGUGUGCUUAUCAUUGGGGCCGGCGGCCUCGGUUGCCCGGCAGCUCAGUACAUCGCCGGCGCUGGAAUCGGCACCAUCGGCAUCGUCGACGGCGAUGUCGUUGAGACGUCCAACCUCCAUCGUCAGAUCGGCCAUGCCACCUCUCGGAUCGGCAUGACGAAGGUCGACAGCCUCAUCACACACCUCAGGGGCUUGAAUCCUCUACCCACUUACAUCUCCUAUCCGACACACCUCACCCCGCAAAACGCUGCCGAUAUCAUAUCCCAGUAUGAUCUUGUCAUGGACUGCACCGACAACCCAGCCACUCGGUACCUCAUCUCCGAUAUGUGCGUCCUGCUCUGUAAGCCACUCGUCUCGGCCGCCUCGGUUCAAAAGUCCGGCCAGCUGAUCGUGCUGAACUGUCCACCGACGGCUCAGGGGCUAGUCGACGGCAAGUACGCCCCUUGCUACAGGUGUUGCUUCAGAAAGCCACCGCCUCCCAGCUCGAUGGUGUCUUGUGGCGAAGCCGGCAUCAUGGGUCCCGUAGUGGGCAUGAUGGGCGUGGCCCAAGCCGGCGAGGCCAUCAAAAUUCUCGCCUCCGCACUCCACAUUCCCCGACAGGUCACCGAAGACGUUCCAGAAACAAACCUCCAACAACCUACACUGCUAAUCUACACCUACGACCUCGAAAGCGCAGUCGGCCCAUACUCAUUCCGCGCUCUGAAGAUGGGUGGCCGCAGAAAGAGCUGCUUUGCCUGCGGCGCGGGCUCGACACUGACACUCGAAGGCGUCAAAGCUGGAAACCCAAACUAUGAGCAGUUCUGCAGCAUCCCUACGUCGAAAGCCAACCUGCCCCCAGAAGAGCGCAUCACCGCCGCUGCGUACCAUGCCGCGAAGGAGAAGGGUGAGCUCCCGGAGCACAUCCUGCUCGACACGCGGGAGAAGGAGCAUUUUUCGCUCGGGUCUAUCGAGGGGGCCGUGAAUGUGCCUUUUGGAAAGUUGCUUAUGAAGGCUGCGUCGAUCAAGAGAGGUGGAGGAUCGAGCACUGAUCUACUACCUAUAGAAUCGAGCAAGCCUGACACACCGAUUUUCGUCGUCUGCCGUACGGGGUUGGAUUCCCAGGAGACGGUAGAGACGUUGAAGGAGCUAGGUCUGGAUAAUGGGGGGAAAAGGAAGAUUGUGGAUGUUGUUGGAGGGAUGAGAGCAUGGAAGCAGGAUGUCGAUCCUAGCUUUCCAUUCAUAUGACACAAGGAUGUGUUUAAGGAACUUGAAUAGUGUGUGGCCGCCUUCGAGGGGCGAAAUUCAAGGGUAGACGGCACGAGUUAUCAAGGGGAGACUUUUGCUGGUUGUUUGGAGAUGCCCACUAUGUUACAACCGAGAGCCCCUGGACGCCCGCAGAUCUUGGAUAAACAACACGAGGGACAAAAAGGGGGAUACAACCGGUGCCAAUUGCCCAUACAGACUGUGAACCAUGCCGCAGCAUUCUCCGCUCAUCAAGACAAGUACCGACAUCAUAC